AUGUAUUCACAGUAGCCGAGCAGAGGAGCGGAGCGCGGAGCCGAGGAGCCGAGGAGCGCAUCUCCGUGUUGGACCCAGUGGAUUUCUCUCUGCGCGGGGACCUCAGGCACUUUUGGACUAAUUCCCUCCGAGGAGAACAUUUCUGGGGAACAUUGCUGCGGGACAGAGCGGGACCCGCCGACCGGCCGCCGCCUGCCCCGCAUCACCCCGCAGCGCAGGGAGGAGAGUCGCCGUGCGGGAUGUCCGAACUUGUGCGCGCGCUGCGCCGCGGCUGAGAUGCUGCAUGCGGAGUCCGAUGCUGUUCGCGGAGCUUUCGUCCCAUAGACUGGAUAUCACCCGCGCGUCUGGUGGGAGCUUUCACUGCGCUGCUGCCGGACAGCUCGACCCACGCCACCCAGCCUCUCUUCUGGUGGUCCGCCUAUGAGACACCUCGGCGCAUGAUGGCGCACCGCCCGACCCUGGUCGUCCUGCUGGGUCUGUUUGCACUCAGAAGUUUGGCACAUGGAUCCAGGCCCAGGCUGGAGGACGCCGCCCCUCGGAUCGUAGAGCACCCGUCGGACCUGAUCGUGUCGAAGGGCGAGCCGGCCACCCUCAACUGCAAGGCCGAGGGGCGGCCGGCUCCGGUGGUGGAAUGGUACAAAGACGGCGAGCGGGUGGAGACGGACCGAGAGGACCCCCGGUCCCACCGCAUGCUGCUGCCCAGCGGCUCGCUCUUCUUCCUGCGCAUCGUGCACGGGAGGCGCAGCAAGCCCGACGAAGGUGUCUACGUGUGCGUGGCGCGCAACUACCUGGGCGAGGCCGUCAGCCGCAAUGCGUCGCUGGAGGUGGCAAUUCUGAGAGACGACUUCCGUCAGACCCCCAGUGAUGUGGUGGUAGCGGCUGGCGAGCCGGCCGUCAUGGAGUGUAUCCCCCCCAGAGGCCACCCGGAGCCCACCAUCUCGUGGAAGAGAAACAACAUCCGGGUCAAUGAUCGAGACGAGAGGAUCACCAUACGCGGAGGCAAACUGAUGAUUUCCAACACCAGGAAAAGUGAUGCGGGCAUGUACGUGUGCGUCGGUACCAACAUGGUUGGAGAGAAGGACAGUGAUCCUGCUGAACUUGUGGUAUUUGAGAGGCCCGUGUUCACCAAGCAGCCGGUGAGCCAGGUGGUGUUGGCAGACGACACGGUGGACUUCUUCUGCGAGGUGCACGGAGACCCGACGCCCACCGUCCGCUGGCGGAGAGAGGAGGGGGAGUUGCCCCGGGGCAGAUUCGACAUCCGCAGCGACAACAGCCUGCGUCUGACGCAGGUGCGAGCUGAGGACGAGGGCUCGUACACCUGCGUGUCGGAGAACAGCGUGGGCAAAGCCGAGGCGUCGGGGAACCUGCAAGUGCACGUCGGCCCUUCCAUGCCCCCUCAGAUUGUGGUUCGGCCGCGGGACCAGAUCACGGCUCCGAGUCGCACCGUGACCUUCCUCUGUAGCACCAAGGGAAACCCUCCGCCGGCCGUCUUCUGGCAGAAAGAAGGAAGCCAGAUCUUGCUGUUCCCGACCCAGGAGCCGUCACAGUCCGGUCGGUUCUCCGUGUCGCUGAGCGGCGAGCUCACCGUCGUCGAUGUCCAAGUCAAAGACUCCGGCUAUUACAUCUGCCAGGCCAUCAACGUGGCCGGCAGCAUCCUGACCAAAGCCCUGCUGGAGGUGGAAAGUGCGCCUUCGGACCGCGUGCCCCCCAUCAUCCGUCAGGGACCGGCCAAUCACACGCUGGCCCCGGGUUCCACGGCUCAGCUCCACUGUCACAUCAUGGGCAACCCCAUCCCCAGCAUCCAGUGGGAGAAGGACGGCCAGAGGAUCCUGGGGAAUGACGGCCGCGUCAGCCUGAUGGAGAACGGCACCUUCCAAAUCACCAACCUCCAGGAAACGGACUCUGGGGUUUACACAUGCCUGGCUUCCAGCUCAAGCGGAGAGACAAGUUGGAGUGGAGUGCUCACAGUCAAAGAGAGUGCAGACCCGUCGGUGGCUCAGGCCACAGAGCCCUUCCAGCUGCCGGGUCCGCCGCACAAACCCAUCGUCACGGACGUGUCCAAGAACAGCGUCUCUCUGACCUGGCAGCCCAACGCCCACGAGGGAGGAGCCGCGGUCACCUCCUACAUCAUCGAGGCCUUCAGCCAAUCGGCAGGCAGCACGUGGCAGACAGUGGCCGACAUGGUCAAGAUGGAAACGCACACAAUCACCGGCCUCCUCCCCAACACCAUCUACCUGUUCAUAGUGCGCGCCGUCAACGCCUACGGCCUGAGUGACCCGAGCCCCAUCUCCGAGCCCGUCAGGACACAAGAUGUGAGUCCUACCGGUCAGGGAGUGGACCACCGGCAGGUGCAGAGGGAGCUCGGAGAGGUGGCCGUCCAGCUUCAGGAGCCUGUCACGCUAACCACUACUUCCGUCCGAGUGUCCUGGACCGUUGACCGUCAGUCGCAGUUCGUCCAGGGCUACCGCCUCUUCUACCGACCGAGCAGCGGCUCCUGGCUCCUGCAGGACAUCAACUCCCCCUCCGAGCGCGGCACCGUCCUCAGCAGCCUGCUGAAAGGCACCGAGUACGAGAUAAAGAUCCGCCCCUAUUUCGACGAAUUCCAGGGCAAGGACAGCCGAACGUUACUGGUCCGGACCCCGGAGGAAGUCCCCAGCGCGCCGCCCAGAGCUGUCACGGUGGCAACGGUGAAGCUAAGCAACAGCUCCAGCGUCAGCGUCUCCUGGGAGCCUCCGCCCAGCGAGAUGCAGAACGGCAUCAUCCAGGAGUACAAGGUCUGGUGCGUGGGCAGCGGCGGAGACAACCAGACGCACUACUACAUCAACAAGACGGUGGACGGACACACGCUGUCCACCGUGCUGAGAGGCCUGAUGCCCGGGGUGCUCUACCAGGUGGAGGUGGCGGCGGUGACCAGCGUCGGCGUCGGCACGCACAGCCAGCCCGUGUCCGUCCUCUUCAAGCUGCCAGCUGAACAGCCCUCCACGCCCGGUGGGGGGAGCGGCAGUGGCACCGGCGACAGCGGCGAGGGGAGCAGCGUAAGUCUGGCCGAGCAGAUUACCGACGUGGUCAAGCAGCCGGCGUUCAUCGCGGGCAUCGGCGGGGCCUGCUGGGUCAUCCUCAUGGGCUUCAGUGUCUGGAUCUACUGCAGGCGCAAGAAGAGGAAGGAGCUGAGCCACUACGCCGCCUCCUUCGCCUACACACCAGCAGUCGGUUUCCCUCACGGAGAGGCAUCAGGACUCAACGGAAGGCCUGGCGUGCUGGGAGGCAACAUUGGCAACUACCCGUGGCUGGCAGACUCUUGGCCCACCACCAACCUGGUCCACAGUGGAAAAGAGGCCGUCAACUGCUGCACGGCCAAUCACGACACAGCGGAGAGAUACUACAACGAGGCCGGUAUCUCCAACUACCUGAAUCAGACGGAGAAGUACAGCAUGGGGGGCUCCACCGAGGGUCCCAUCUACAGCACCAUAGACGCCACCAGCGAGGACCUGCACAACUUCGCCUACGCCCAGCACACCUCCACCACGCCCUACGCCUCCACCUCCGUCAUGCCCUUCACCAACCAGACGCAGGCGCCGGCGGCCCCCGGCGCCGAGCAGCCGGACGGCGGACACUGGAUAACCCAGCCGGGGCCCUCUGGAGCUCAGUACGCCCAGCCGGACCGCUGCAGUGGCAAGCCCAGGCAGAAGGCGAUGGGCAAGGCGGUCAAGACCCCGUCCCUGACCUGGAUGGAGUCGCUACCCCCGCCGCCCCCCGUCGGAGAGCUGGAGCAGUGUGAGCACGACGACCAGCUCCCGGCGCACGAGGACAUGGACCUCGGCUCGGAUGAGGAGUGGUGCCCGCCCCUCCCCGAGAGGACCUACCUGAUGGAGGGCUGCGAGAACGGACCCUUGCCCCCGCAGAGGAACAACGCCUCCUCUCCGGCCACCUCCUACAGUCACCAGUCGACCGCCACGCUCACCCCGUCGCCCCACGAGGAGCCCCGGGCCCACCACGACCUGCCCCGCCUCAACCAGCUCGACGGCCAGCAGCUGUCGCGCAGAAGGUUACCCUGCGGUCCAGUGCCAGUUCCCCAGGCGCCGAGCCCGCCGCUCACCCAGUCCAACCCCAACCUCUCUGUCCAACAGCAUCACGGCUCAUCGGAGGUUGGCACGCUGCAGUGCCAAAGUCCUGCCCAUCGCUGCCUCCACAGCCAGGGGCCGGCUCUGAGUGAAGACCCCGGCAGCGCGACCACACCCGUGCACAGUCGCUCAUCCCCAGCAGACGCCUGCACUCCUCCCGGUCAGAAGUCCAGAGUGAAAAAAAAGGUGUCGAAGUCUUCGGCGUACAGACGAGACAUACAAGGAGACCUGCCCCCACCUCCGGAGCCGCCCCCAGAGGAGGACAGGUUGAAGGCUCCCCAGGGCUGCACGGAGGCCAACAGUGUGGGGAACGGCGCCCUGUCCUCCCUGGAGAGGAGUGAGUGCAGCGGUGGCGGCCACCAGCGGAAAGGCUCAACGCAGAGACACGCUGACAACGAGGAGCUGCUGCUGUACGGCAGUAAGGCCUGUUACCUGUCCAGGAGUCAGAUGUCCAGUAACUGCUCGACCACAGGAAGCUCCUCCUCCAGAGGCUCCACGGGCUCCCGGGGGCUCAACUCGGCCCGCAAACACAAUGAGGAAAUGAGAUAAGGACACAGAUGACUCUUGUCAGUGUACCAUCGAUGCCUCCGUCAUCCGCCAUCUUUCCACUGUGGACAGAAAAUAAGCUGAACUAGAGGAAACGUUUCAGGAAACCAGACUGCUGUGAGAGAAAGAACAUGGACUCCACAUCUCGUUUGUUUGCUAUUACCAUGAUUAUUUAUGAGCUGUCGAGUUAUUUCCUCUCCAAUGAUUUGUAAAUACCGCUGUCUGUACCGUUCUUUUGUGGGAUACAGGGAAAGAGACGUAUAUUGUAUUUAUGAGGAUGACAAAAAACAAAACAAACUCACAAAUGUAAACAAAAAAGCCUGUUAUUAUAAAAGAAAAGAAAAAAAAAGCUCACGUCUUCUUGAAUGUGCCAACUUUUUCUUUUUGUCAAAAUGUAUAGUUUUUUGGAAAGCAUUAACUACUGUUGCACUCUCUUGUUGUGAAAACAACAGAAAAUACGAAGCACAAAGUGUGUGGGCCGGUCGGAGAGGGGUGGCCGGGCGAGCGGGCCCUCACCCCCCCCCCGGGAGGACGCGUCUGUCCGAGCGCUCCCCGGCCGGGACCCCUGCACCCACGUCGUCCGCUAAGAAUGUCAUACUUUUUCUAUGUUCCCUUGGGUUGCUCUGCAGCAGCAGCAGCAGCAGCAGCAGCAGCAGCAGCAAACCGCCCCGGCGGGCCAGCAGACAGACAGGCUUUAUGAAAGUUCGAUUGUAACCCCUCCCGCUCCUCUCGGCCCCCCUCUCCCAAUCCCCCACCCUUUGUUCAUCCGAGGGACUGUUUGCUGCCGUGGUGACAAGAAACAUGAAUAUAUACUCCUUCCAAAACAAACAAAAAAAAAAAUGUAUGUGAGCUGACUUCUUUUGUACUCUUGUUGUUUUGUAAAUGU